AUGACAAUACGUAGUUCGGAAGCAUUGGAAUUAAUUGAACUUGCUAAAAAGCAAAAUCGUAUACUUUGUCCAUAUCAAAAUCGUCGAUAUGAUUCAGGUUAUCGUACAAUAAAAGAAAUAAUUAAUAGAAAAUUAUUAGGUGAUGAAAUACACGAGUGUGUAAUACACUUUGAUCGUUAUCGACCAGAAUUAAACGAUAGUAAUGCAUGGCGCGAACGAAGUGAACCGGGUGCUGGCGCUUUUUAUGAUUUAGGUUCACAUCUAAUUGAUCAAACAUUAAGUUUAUUUGGACAUCCGCAAACAAUUACAGCUGACAUUCGAAUACAACGAUCCGGGGCUCAUGUCGAUGAUUAUUUUGAUGUUCGGCUUGAUUAUGGUCGUUUACGUGUUACUCUUAAAAGAAGUAUGCUGAUUCGAGAAAUGGGACCACGAUAUGUUUUACACGGUUUAAAAGGUUCAUUCAUAAAAUAUGGUGAGGAUGUUCAAGCAAGUGUACUUCAGACGGGUACUAUGCCACCAACUGUCGAUGAAAAACUGACAGAAAACUCUUGGGGUAAAGAACCAAUUGAAGAUUAUGGAUUUCUUCAUACAGAAACCAAUGAUGGCAUAAUCAUAAAAGAAAAAUUUGAAACAUUAACUGGUAAUUAUGGACUGUUUUAUGAACAAUUAUAUGCUGCUAUUGUUCAUGGAAAAGAAUUAGAAAUUCGACCUGAAGAUGGUUAUAAUGUUAUCCGUAUUAUUGAACUUGGUUUACAAAGUAGUCAAGAAAAACGAACAUUACAAUGCAAUCAACUUUUAUGA